CAAACACACACAUACACACACAUCGAUAUGGACGCUAAAUGUUCUUUUUCGAUUGAGAAAAGGACAUCUCACCUACUUACGAUGAAUGAAUGUGUUACGUUUUUUUUUAUUUCUCACCCCAUUCUCCUACAUGUCAUGAUCCAAAUACACUGUGAUACGAGUCUUACGUCAGAGAAUCCAGCGAUUACACGAUAAAUUUCUGUCCCCAACUAUUGGGUUAUGUUGUUGAUUGUGAGAUUUAUACUUCCAAUUUGCUAUGGGGUGCGAAUAUGAGAUUUGGAAAAAACAAAUUGUGAGUACUCGCUUGCGAUCUCCAACUAGGAGUCACACCACAUCUCUAUAGAGAUACAGGGUAAUCCUCGAUGGCCGACGUUUCCGAGGAUGUGCUGAUUAAGGACGCUGCUACGGCGAUCUCUCAAGGUAAACGUCAUCUCCUUGUACGCGACUACAACUUGGCGGUGGUCGUGUUGGCACAGGCUUGCGAGCUGCUCGUUCGAGAACACGGUGAGACGGGCGACGAGAUGGGUGAACUCUAUUUGCUUUAUGGACGUGCCCUUUUGGGUUUGGCGCGCGAAGAAGCGGGAGUACUGGGCGGUGGUGUACCUGGCUCCGAAGAGGCUAGCCAGGACGAGGAGGUCCCAGAAGAGGAGGAAGAGGAGGAAGAUGCUGAGGAGGAGACAGUGGCCGAGGAAAAUAGUCCUUCAACGUCGGACGAUAAGGAGGAUGAUAAUAAGCAGGAGCAGCUCAACGGCAAAGAUCCAGAUGACUCGACUGACAAGGAUGACAAGAUGGAGAAACCCAGUAAAACAGAUUGUCAAAUUGAGGAAGAGGAAAGGAACAAGAAGCAGAAGGAGGAAGUUCCUGGUUGUAGUCGAGAUUACGAUCCAGAUGCUGGCAAAUCUGCUGAUAGCACAAACAAGACUGAAGAUGCAUCUGAGAGCGUCGAGAAAGAUAAUGACGAAGACGACGUGAAUAAUCUACAGAUCGCCUGGGAGGUACUGGAGUUAGCCAAACUGGUGCUGUUGAAGCGUGGCUCGUCGGGCUGGAAGUAUCUGGCCGAGGCGUACCGCCUCUUGGGCGAAGUUGCUAUGGAGGGAGGUAAUCACGAGACCGCGUUGGUCGAUCUGCAGGGUUGCCUGAAUCUGCUGCAGAAAAUCACACCGCCCGACCAUCGCGCGAUCGCUGAGAUCCACUAUCAGCUUGGACUCGCGCACGCGAUGGCCAAUGAUUUCGAUGCCAGCAUUGAACAGUUCAGACAAGCAUCGGCCUUGCUGGAAACACGAAUCGUACAUCUUCAAAGCAUGCAGGACGAUCCGCCUCCCGAAUCUUGCAACGAUCCCUUUUACACUGUUCAGGGCGAGAUCAAAGAGCUGAAGGAUCUCCUGCCUGAGAUUCAGGAUAAGAUCGCCGAUAUCAAGGAUCUCAAGAGAGAGGCAGGUGUCAUCAAGGAGAUUAAAGAGGAUGCGUUGAACGACACCGCGGAAUCGAGCGACGCUGCCGGAAACGGCGCUACAUUUAAACCUGCCAGUGAUAUUUCGCAUCUGGUGAGGAAGAAGCGCAAAGCGGAGGAUGAGGCAGAUUCUGCCGCUGUUGUUUGUAAGAAACCGACGACACAGCGUGAGGACGCGUGAGAAGCGUGCAAGUGUGCUAUUUUACGGUCAGAACGCUCAGAUCUGAACUCUUAAGAGACACGAGAACUUUGAUAUUUUUCGCGAAUGUAAUGUAGAAACCCUGUUUGUCAUGUGCGCGCGGAAAUAAUGUUUCCCUCUCUCCUCCUAAAAAAAAAAGAAACAAAAAAGCAACAGUGGAUUCAUUCCCGAGAUAUUUUAUAGUUGAUCGAAAA